AUGUCUACUUCUGAGCCUUCUGAUAGUGUCGUGGCAAUGCUUAUCGAUGGUGAAGAAGAACAAGAAGAACAACAGCAAACCGAUGGUCGAACUCCAAUGCCUGAGGGCCAAGAAAUCCUGCCUUCUCAGUCUUCGAAUAAGAGGGACGAAGGGGAAGAAGGUACAAGGAAGAGGGUUUUCAGUGUGAGCAAUUCGGAGGGGUUCUUUUGCCCUAUUUGUAUGGAGUCGUGGUCGUCCCAAGGCGAUCAUCAAGUCAGCUGUCUUCCUUGUGGUCAUGUAUAUGGCAUGUCUUGCAUUAGUAAAUGGAUUCAGCAGUGUGGUGGAACGUCUGCAAAGUGUCCACAAUGCAAUACAAAGUACAAGUUGAAGGACAUAAUAAAGCUUUAUGCAUCACCAGUAGUUGUGCUUGAUGAAAGUCUACAAAAGAAAGUGAAAUCACUUGACGCUGAAGUCGUCUCUCUCAAGACUGAAAGAGCUUCUUUACUUGAUAUACAAGAUGAUUUGUUCAGUGUACAACAAAAUUUAAUCAAGGAAUUAUCCAACCUCAGGGAGAAGCCUUGCUGUGGAGAUGAUGCACCUUUAGGAGAGACAGGGAUGGAGCCCUUUAGUUUUACGUCUGCUAAGGGUAAUCAGGGACAGGGAGCGCAAUGGGAUCACUACUUUGCUCAUAAUUUUGGCAGACUGGGAAUUCUUCACUGGAAAUUUGAAUUACAGCAUGAGUUGGCAGUAGAUGGUGCAAGGCUUUUUGAUAUGGAUGCUUCUUAUCAAAUUUUGGUCCUUGCUCGAAGGAUAUCGGGAAUGGGUGGCACACACAUGCUGAAGAAAGUCAACUUGAUCAAUCCUUUAGAAAAUGAAGAUAUACAGCUUCCUCCAGGUACAAAAGCCAUUAAGGACCUACGUGUAUCCCCAUGUGGUAGACUCACCCUUUUAGCUUCAUUGGGAAAGAAAUUAUCAAUUCUUAGCAUGGGAAGCAACAAUUUUGUCAUGAAUUAUGACUUACCGGGCCAAGCAUGGUCGUGCUCAUGGGAUCUCAACAGUCCACAUCAUAUAUAUGCUGGUUUACAGAAUGGUAUGCUUUUAAUGUUUGAUAUGCGUCAUAGCCAGACUCCUCUGCACUCUUUUGUUGGGCUGACCCCCCGGCCAAUUCAUACUAUACACUCCCUUCGGCAAAACCGUGCUUUCAGUCACAGAACUCAGAAAUUGCUUACUGCUUCUUGCAGUGGCCCUUGCAUGUGGAACAUUGGUAGUCCUAGUGAAAGGCCCUUUCCGGUCCCUGGAUCAGAGGAUCAAGGUGCUUGUGUAUCAGUUGCUUACAGUCCCUCAACUGAUGACAUUGUUGCUUCAUAUCGUCCUAAAACCGAGACAUCCAGUGAGACUGGGGGCUCUCAAGUUCUUAUCAAGAGGGUAGCUGGUUGCUUUUAUCAUAAGAUUGGAUCUGUGCCAGUUCAUUUAAGUGACUUUCAUCUGACAAAGUCUGCCAUGGUAGACAUACCGAACUGCUACCCAUUGUUUGCGUAUGGUGACGAAGUGACCCAUGGACUGAAGCUGCGGGAAUUGCCAAGUCUAAAAAUGAGCCAGAAUUUUGAACCCCAUCAACAUCCUAUCCUUGAUGUAAAGUAUGCACGUUCUCAGGGAAAAGGUUUACUUGGUUGCGUGAGUGAAGACAAGUUGCAACUUUUCUCAGGAGAGCAAAAAGAAAGAGAUCCGCAAAUGCAAGGAUUCACCCAUCACAGUCCUUCAGUAGUUCACUACCAAGCAUCAUCUGAGCUUAAGAUUUACCAGCCAGCAGUGGUUCUCAUAAUCAUAAGCAAAGAUGUAUCGUCCAUGUGGAAAUUUGAGGAGGCCAAUAAGAGUUAA